AUGACUAUUGGAAAUAAAACAAUUUUAGAUGAAGAGACAAUUGAAAAAAUUAAAAAAUUAAGAGAACUUUCAAAAGAUUAUUUAACACCAUAUUAUGAUACAGAUUUUAAUUUAUUAAGAUGGAUACAAGGGCAUUCUGGAAAAAUUGAAGAUAUUAAUGAAAAACUUAUUACACAUCUCAAAAAUAGAAAAUCAGUUUUUAAGUUUGAUGAUAUAAUAAAAAAUCCUCGCAAUCAUCCUAUACAUAAUCAUUGGAAAUAUGGAAUCACAAAAAUGUCAUCUGUUUUAGAAAAUACAAUAGUUAAUAUUGAACAAUGUGGUGAGACAGACUAUUGGGGUUUAACUAAUACAUAUUCAAUGACAGAAGUAUUAAGAGCACGUUUAUAUGAUUUAGAAGAUAUGUUGGCACAUGUUAUGAAUAUUGAAGAAAAGACAGGUAAACAGGCUUAUGUUUUAUAUAUCAUAGAUUUGGGAAAAUUAAAAUAUGAUAGAAAACUUAUACCACUUAUAACUGGACCAUUAAAAUGUUUAUCUGAUUUUAUGUCUGAUAAUUAUGUUGAAUUAUUUAAUUAUUUUGUUCUUGUAAAUGCUCCCUCUUCUAUGUCAUAUUUAUGGAGUAUUAUUAAACCAAUUCUUCCAGAAAAAACAAGAUCAAAAGUUAAAAUUCUUGGAAAUAAUUGGAGAAAUGAAAUAUUAGAUUAUGCUGGUCCUGGUGAAUUACCAUCUAAAUGGAAUUUAGAUGUAAAUAAUAAUAAUAAAAUUAAUUUUGAAAUAGAACUUGAAAAUCCAAUACCAUUUAAUGAAGAAAAUUUAUAUCAUAAUAAAAAUGAUGGUAAACAAACAUCUAAAGUAGUAAAAGUUAAUCCUGGAAAAAAACAUUUUUUAAUGGAAAAAUUAGUUACUGGUGAAACAUUAAAAUGGUUUAUUUCAACAAAUCUUGACUUUUCUUUUGCUGUUUAUUUUACUACUGAUAAAAGUGAAACAAAUCCUUCAAAUAUGGAAAUUGUUUUUCCAUAUUUUGAAUUUAUUAAUGGUCCCACAAAUGUUCCUUUGUCUGAUACAAUAACUGCAACAAAAAAUGGUUACUAUAAAAUACUUCUUUCAAAUCACCGUGCCUGGUGGAAUACUUUAACAGUAGAAUAUGAAAUAACAAUUAAUUAA